AUGUCCGACUAUUCCUAUCCGAACAAAGGGCCACGGCUAGUCUCUUAUGAGAGACAUGGAAGUAGAAGCACAGAGUUCAACAAUAGACUUUCCGGUGCACAUGAAUCCUCCAAUCGCAUGUUAUCACCUGAGCAUCGUACGCAGCGAUCAUUCUCGUUUCAGAAGAAAGAUGACGCGCUUGUCAACCAGGGACGAUGCACAACUUGUAACAACUGUUUUAUAGCUGAGAACGAGAGUACUAGCAGUGGUGAAGAAGACGAUCCAGAGUUGCGUGAAUUAGAAGAGAGAGAUAAAAUCGUGAUGAAAUAUAAGCAGGUUCGAUAA